AAUCCAUUAAUACAGAAAGUAGCAGAAAGAGGAAAAAGCAGCCGAUAAAAUUGAACCACACGUUCCAAUUCCAGAAAAAGAUUCCAUAUUCGAUUCUCAUUCUGCUCACAAAAUGAUGAACUCUAGCUGAGGAAACCAUACCUUGUAUUCGAUUCAUUCACCGAUCUCAGCUAGCGAAGAAAAAAAUUAAAAAAUGCUGAUGGUGGAAACUCACUCCGCCGCCUACGCCGCCCGAUUGUGCGCAGCUAACUUCCACUCCUCUGCUCGCCUCCUCUCUCACUCAGCCGCCGCCGCCUUCAUCCCGCGGAAUAAGUAUCGGAGGUGCGCCGGCAGGGUGAGGAGUGGAAACGGAAUCAGAGCGACGGCGAAUGAGCAGCCAGGCUCGGAUUCAGUUCCGUUGAAGCAAAAUGCAAAGCCGCAGCGGUAUCACCCGUUCGAGGAAAUUGCUGAGUCAGGGUUUCUGGACAACGAGGAAGCUACACUCACGCCUGCCGAAACUUCUCGAACAAUGAUUGAGGUGAAUAGCAAGGCAACACUGAUGUUUUCUGGUAUGGUUAGUGACGAAGUACACGAGAACAUUUUCUGGCCAGACUUACCUUAUGUGACUGAUGAACAUGGAAAUAUAUACUUUCAAGUGAAGAAUGACGAAGACAUCCUGCAAUCUAUUACGUCUCAAGAAACCAUCGUGCAAGUCAUUAUUGGACUGGAUACUGCAGAAAUGAUUAGAGAAAUGGAGGCACUAGGUCAUUCAGAAAUUGACUUCGGAAUGGACGAUUUGGACGAUGAAGAUAGUGAUUUUGAUGAUGAAGAGGAUGAUGAUGAGGAAGAUGAUGAAGACGACGAAGAUGAUGGUGAAGAUGAUGAAAAUUAUGAUAAAGACUGGGUUGCCAUUCUUGAUGAGGAAGACCAGGAUGAGGAAAGUGAUGAAUCACUCGGAGACUGGGCUAAAUUGGAAACCAUGCGAUCUUCUCAUCCCAUGUAUUUCGCCAAAAAGUUAGCUGAGGUUGUCUCAGAUGAUCCUGUAGAUUGUAUGGACCAGCCGUCAGUUGGCCUUGCUAUUCAUGGCCUUCUAAGACCUGCAUUCAUUGAAGAACACUCCGUCAUCCAGAAGCAGAUAUCCGGUCCUGAGUCUAGUGAUGUAGAUACAGAUCGUAUUGCAGAAGAACAAUCACAAGAAGGUGUUGUACGGAUAAAUGGUCACAAACAUGAAAAGGAAUCAGAAGAAGAUGACCCAAGUUUGACAGAAGACUCGGAUAAGGACGAAACCCUGGGAAAUGGAUCUGCAUUUUACAAGAUAGAGAUGAUCAAAAUUCAGUUAGUUUCAGCUCAAGGAAAUCCGAACGAUGUCGAGAUAGAAGAUUUUAGGAGGGCUCGACCUGAUGCAAUAGCACAUUCAGCUACAAAAAUUAUGUCCCGUCUCAAAGCUGGUGGAGAGAAGACCACGCAAGCUUUGAAAUCUCUAUGUUGGAGGUGCAAGGGUAUUCAAGUGGAGGAGUGUGCUCUUAUUGGAUUAGACACCCUUGGCUUUGACCUGAGAGUUUGCUCGGGAACACAAGUUCAGACGUUGCGUUUCACAUUUAAGAAACGGGCCUCGUCAGAGUAUAGUGCGGAAAGACAACUAAAUGACUUGCUGUUUCCUAGAGCGCACAAAUAUCAACAAAAGAGAGAAGCUAACAAGACCGAGUCUUAGGUUCAUGAAUUCCAUUACAUUUAUGUUUUUCUUCUUUCUUUUCUAUUCGAUGCAUGUAUUCCGAAAGUUGUACAUAGAAUGUAACAGUAUCUUCCAAUUCCUGCCUAUUUAUUCCUUGAAUGCAAAAGUUCAAAAGCUGAUUUUUUUCUUUUU